CUUUGUUGUACAAAGUGGUGUCUUGGAUGCCCCAGCAAGGCCCCAGAUGGUGCUUUUUUGCAAGCCAUACAAAGGUCUAGAAGUGACACUCCAUAAUUCAGCCCCAGAUGUGCUCUGAACAUGUUAUUGUAUUUUGCUGCUGCUGUUUCUGUUGCCUCUUACAUUCAUUGAAGGAGCAAAUAUAAUCCAGAAAGAUGUCUCAGAACCCAGAAGUCAUUGUCCCAAUGGCAGAUUGCAAUACAAAUGGUGUCCAGAAUCAGAAGUCGCUGUCUUGGGGCUCAACAAAAGCCAGUACUGUCACCUUUCGCAAUAUCUGCUACAGAGUGAAGACAAAGAGUGGAUUUAUAGGUUUUCGAAAAAUAGCUGAAAAAGAAAUUUUGAGAGAUAUCAGUGGAAUAAUGACACCAGGACUGAAUGCAAUUCUGGGGCCAACAGGCAGUGGCAAAUCUUCAUUACUGGAUAUUUUAGCGGCACGGAAAGAUCCUCGCGGCUUAACUGGAGAUGUUUUCAUCAACGGUGCCCCCCAGCCUGCCAAUUUUAAAUGCAUCUCUGGAUAUGUAGUACAGGAUGAUGUUGUGAUGGGGACAUUGACUGUGAGGGAAAACUUCCAGUUCUCAGCUGCACUCAGACUGCCAAAGACAGUGAAGACUCAUGAAAAGGAGGAGAGAAUCAAUCAGAUCCUCAAGGAGCUGGGAUUGACAGAUGUGGCAGAUUCAAAGGUUGGAACACAGUUCAUUCGUGGUGUAUCAGGAGGAGAGAGGAAAAGGACCAAUAUUGGAAUGGAGCUCAUUACUGACCCGGCCAUCUUGUUCUUAGAUGAGCCAACCACUGGCCUUGACGCCAGCACAGCCAAUGCCGUAUUGCUACUCUUGAAAAGGAUGUCUAAGCAAGGGAAAACAAUUAUCUUUUCCAUCCACCAACCACGCUACUCCAUCUUCAGAUUGUUUGAUAAGCUGACCUUGCUGGCUGCAGGAAGUCUUUUGUAUCAUGGACUUGCUCAGAAUGCAUUAGAAUACUUCAAGACCCUUGGUUAUGAGUGUGAACCAUACAAUAACCCUGCUGACUUUUUCCUGGAUAUCAUUAAUGGAGACUCAACAGCUGUGGCUUCUCAUAAGCCUGAUGAAACUGAAAUAGAUAGUAUUCAUGAUCAGACACUGGCAGAGAAAUUGGCAGAGAUAUAUUCCAGUUCUUCUUACAAUCAAGAAACCAAAGCAGAAUUGGAAAAGCUGUCUUCAGGGGGCCAAACCAAAGAGAACACUUUCCAAAAAAUCACCUAUUCCACUUCCUUCUUUCACCAGCUGAAGUGGGUCUCCAAACGGAUGUUCAAAAAUUUAAUAGGUAAUCCUCAAGCCUCCAUAGCACAGUUAUUGGUUACGGUUUUCCUGGGAUUAGUCAUAGGGGCCAUAUUCUUUGGUUUAACAGAUGAUGGUAAAGGUUUGCAGAAUAGAAUUGGUGCCAUGUUCUUUAUGACCACUAACCAGUGUUUCAGCAGCAUCUCAGCAAUUGAACUCUUUGUGGUGGAGAAGAAAAUAUUUAUACAUGAAUAUAUCAGUGGUUACUACCGAAUUUCUGCAUACUUCUUCUCAAAACUAAUGACUGAUUUAAUACCUAUGAGGACUUUACCAAGCAUCAUUUUCACCUGCAUAGUUUAUUUCAUGCUAGGUCUGAAACCAACCGUAGAGGCUUUCUUUAUAAUGAUGUUUACUCUGAUGAUGGUGUCAUAUACUGCAACCUCCAUGGCACUUGCUAUUGCCACAGGACACAGUGUGGUUGCUGUUGCCAAUCUUCUCAUGACUAUCAGCUUUGUUUUUAUGAUUAUUUUCUCUGGAUUAUUGGUAAAUCUCACCAGUAUUCUGUCCUGGCUUUCUUGGCUCCAAUACUUCAGCAUCCCUCGAUAUGGCAUGACAGCACUGCAGAUUAAUGAACUUACUGGUCUUGAGUUCUGCAAUUUUAAUACAAAUAGAAACUGGACCAGCUCCAAUUGUACGGUGGUUAACACAAUUCAGCCGUGCACUGGAGAACAGUAUCUAGAAAGCCAAGGGAUUGAUGCAACAACAUGGGGGUUAUGGCAGAACCAUGUGGCACUGGCUUGCAUGACCGUCAUUUUCCUUACUAUUUCUUACUUGAAGCUACAGUUCAUGAAAAAGUUCUCUUAAGUCAAUGAAGUUGUCAAGUGUCCAAUCAAGUUAGUCUGAUCCAGAAUAACAUAAACAGGAGAAUGAGAAAAAUAGACUAUUGUUCUGCUAAUUCUAUUCUUCCCAUCUUUUCUUCUUGAUUGAACAUCUCACAAACAAGAAAAGCCGCUGCCAAGAUAUUUGUCUUUAUAGUACUCUUAGGUAUUAUUUGGUUGUGUAUCAGUGUAUCAAAAAGUCUGAAAAGCUCUGUCAAUUAUUUCCUGCUUACCAGUAUGGAGACUUCCUUAGCAUUUAGAUAGCAUUUAUUUUAUUUAUCUUUUAAAUUUGUAUCUGCAUACUCCUGGCAUACUCAGCCCAUGGUGAUUCACAGCAUUAAACAACAAUAAAAUUAUAUUUAAG